CAGACUUUUAAUGCUAUUUGGCAAAUGACUAAAGGUUUUUGUGGCAGCAUAAUUCACCCCUUUCUGUGCCAAAGUCAGAUUAACCCAGAAUAGUGAAGAUCAUACUUUCUUCUAGUGUUGAAGCUAUGCACUUCACUGUUAUUUUUGAAGUGGGACGGAUUAUUAACAACAAAUUUUGUGUCAACUGUGGCUUCUGAUACCAACCGUCUGCUUUGACCCAUGACGAAAGGUGUUGUGGUCUGUGAUGUCAUUAUGGCACGGAGUUUAAUUUAUGAGUUGGUUGUGUUUGUAGAUGUCAUUGUGUUUUGGUUCAUGGUGCCCUCUGUUGGCUGUGUCUGUAACUGAAGGAUUGAAAUUGGUUUCAGUGAGUUAUCAUUUUUGUUUAUGUGUUUGCGUUUUCAGUAGGGGUUGUUGGUUCGCUGUUUGUGGUGCAGUAAGACAUUUAAUUCAUUGUGUGGCACCUUUUGUUAGGUAUGGAUAUGACUAUGAAGUUCAAUAGUGUGAGAUUGCAGGUGGAGAUGGCGAAGACAUGAUGUCAUUGAUAAAGUUUCUCCAGAUGUGUGAAUUGAAAGCAGAGAUUGUCAAAUGUAGUGUCUGCAGUAAAAAUAUGAGGAUUGGAAGAGUUCCAGCACCUCAAACCAGGGCUGUUAUAUGUGGCAGUGUUGAAAGGACAACUUUUGCCAUUCCAUUUGAUGCAGUACCUGCUUCAAGAAAUCUAGAUCUCAAAUCGAUUCUCAACUUGCGUCGGCGACGUACAUCAGAAGAAGACGACAAAAGGAAGAAGAAUGGGUUUUGGAUUUGUCUCAUUUACAGUUUAUAUAUAAAUGAAAUUACCAUCACUCAACAAAAGGAGACCUGAGAACUGCCCAACAAAGUCGUAUCAACAGUGACAAGAUAAUAUUACCAGUGAUGGAUCGGAUGAAUUGAAACAGGACUUUACUACUACAAUGAGGGACAUCAAUAAGAAAAAAAUAUAAAUACAAAGUAUUUAUGAAGUAAUUG